AUGUUGAUCAUUACACUGAGUGCGGAAAAUAAAUUAGUGAAGAAAAUCGCUGAAACACAACGCAGAGGCUCCGAAUUGCUACUGGAUUGGGCGAAGCAAACAAACAAUGUGGCAAUUGUGGAUGUUAUGCAGCAUACGAAUCAGUUAUUCCAAUUGUUCAGUGAUAAACAACUGAAAUUUGCGAAUGACUUCGAUGGUUUUAUUAAGCAGUUGGAAAAGAUUUGUGAUGCGGAUAAGGCCGUUGAGAGUGCGCGACGAGAAGUGACUUUGUUAAGUGAAAAAGAACAUAAAUUGAAAAGAGAUGUCAGCAAAGCUUCGUCAUCUGUGUUCAGUAAACAACGCAAAGGUGGACAUCUGUAUUUAUUACGACAACAACUUGAGCAGGUAAUUAGUUCAAAAGAAGUUGCAUCACAAAUAUUGUCAGAUGUGAUUGCUGAGAUGGAAGUGGUGAAGAUGUUCAGAUUUCGGAGUGGAAUGCAGGGAAUAGCAGAUUCGUACUGUAAAAUAUCGCGGGAGUGUGAUGCGAUCUUCAGAGUGCAUCGAGAGAUCACAGAGUUGGUACCGGCGGUGAGGGAUGAGGAUGUGCGUUCAAUGUUUUACGACGGCAUGAACAUCUCCAGAGAACGCAUGCAGAGAUUGAUAUGCAAUGUAAGUGUUAUCGAUGAAGACGCUGAGCAAAGCACUACAACGCCCACCAGUGUGAAACGCUCGAAUGCUUUCCCUGCAACUACUAGACGAUUCAGCGAACCUGUUCGUCUUUACAGCACUCAUCGGUCAGGGGCCAUUCCAGUUCCUCCACCCCCUUAUACACUCACCCAGCGCGUAAAGUUGCGAUGUACAACCGCUCGUACGAGAGAGUUUCAAGAGUUGCCCGAUGCAACGCAAAAUCUGCCUCUACAUCAACUGUUCAUCUCGGGAUCGUUCACUCUCUUGAUUUGCUAA